AUGUCGGAACCAAACUCGCCAACGUUCCCAAAUGAGCGGACAUACCGCUUCAUAUCAGAUCCUGGGCACAAAGAGAACCUCUCCGGACGAGUGCGAGCUGCAUGUAUGACCUGUCGUCGCAAGAAGAUUAAGUGCAGUGGCGAGAUCAACUGUCGGACAUGUCGAGCGAAAGGAUUGGUCUGCGAGGGCAUGCCAGAACGCAAACGACCUCGAAGGGAUGGCGGCUCUAUUAUACUGGAUCCCAUACCAUCUGGAGGCAUCGACCGCAAGAGGAGAAUCAGCUCGACCAAGAAGACUGGACCUAAGAGGCCUUCCCUUUCGGAUCUGAAGCAUAACACUUCCACCGGGAGUGAGGACUCGGGAUACGCCAGCACGCAGCCAGAGCUUGGAGAGCGCAUCCUUUCUCCGACUACUUCACAACCCACUGACUUAACCUUGGAGGCGCCCUCUAUGUCUGGCAGUAAGCUUGAGAGUAUUCGUACCGCCCACUCUGCUAUGCCUUCUGGGCUCAGAGUUGAUACCUGGCGCCUCGAGCCUGAGCCCAUCAGGCACCAGACUUCGAGAAGCUUCGAUGUUCCUCAUCUUAGGCCACCAUCGGAAGCCUCUCCUGGUGCACAACCGCCCUCAGCUGUACUGGAACCAUCACCUGUCGACUGGGCGCAGAUCAAAGACAACGAACCGUGGUGGACCGACGACCCGAAUGACGAUGCGCCGAGCCUCAUCUCAACCGCCCGCGCCCUGGAGGAGCAGGCGCAAUCCUUGCGACUCAUGGCGAACCGACAACAGAACGUCAACGAUACACACGACAUGUUGUCCAGGCGACAGACCAUCGCAUUCCCUCUACCGUCGCCGGGCGGAUUCGACGGUCGUUACGAUGUGCUUCAGAACCAACACGGCAUAUUCGAUGACAUGGCACUACUACUGGCGAAUCGGACGCCAGGGACAGGAAUGACUCCCGGCUUGAAUGACUUCUCAUCCUGGUGGGACAUCAACGCUGGCGAUUUGAUGCUCUCUCCCGGGCAGAGCAUACAGAACAUGAACCUAGGCCAGCAACAAACGAACUUAUUCCUCGACACCCCAACAUCACAAGCCGCACCCGACCUUCCACAGCACCAGACUUCGCAGGACGGCUACUUUGGUCAGUUCUGGCCCGAAUGA